AAAUAAUGUGUGUCACAUGAAAAGGUUUAUUUCAGCUAAACAACUGUUACAUAUAAAUCCUUUACUAGUUUCCAAAGCUUAACAGUUAUUUAAGAAGGAAAGUUUUCAAAAUGUUAUUUUUUCUUUUAUUUGCAGCCACUCAAAUAUGCAGCCCUGAUGUUGUUUUAGGAAAGGCAACUUUUGCAGAUUGCGGAAGUGCAAACAAAAAAGUAACUAUCAACAGAGGAUCCGUCAAACCAGAUCCCAUUUUGUACCCUGGGAAUGUUUCAGUUACAGCUAAUGUUGAUGUUACACAAGAUUUGCCAUCUGCUGGCCUGAAGAUGCAACUGAACUUAACAAAACUAGAGCCUAGAGAAAUGCAUGUACCCUGCCUUAAAGAUAUCGGAUCAUGGUAAUUCACUUUAAAUGAUAU